UUUCUUUGCACACGUUCAUUGUGGGGAGAAAGGAUUGCUAUUUGCUUCACGGGGAAGAAAUAUGGAUACUUUCUCCAACAUAAAGAACAUCCUGGUGAAAUUCUACGAUGAAUACAACCAGACGACCCCAAAGAAGCUCAAGAUCGUGGAUGCGUAUCUGUUUUACAUUAUGCUAACAGGGAUCAUUCAAUUCGUCUACUGUUGUCUUGUGGGGACUUUUCCGUUCAAUUCCUUCCUGUCUGGUUUCAUUUCGUGUGUUGGAUCAUUUGUUUUAGGAGUUUGUCUACGAGUUCAGAGUAAUCCUGCCAACAUGUCAGACUUCAAGGGAAUCUCACCAGAGAGAGCAUUUGCCGACUUUAUCUUUGCUAGCGUCAUUCUUCAUCUGGUUGUCAUGAAUUUCAUUGGCUAACAUGGAUGCAGGAUGAAUGUGGAAUCUUCUUCAAUGGACAGAAAAAUGUUACAGAACUGUUGUUUUUUUUGUUAUGAUUUCAACCCGUAUAAACUUAAAAGACCAUUGGAAUGUCACAAAUUAGGUCCACACUUGUAUGAAAUACAUAAUUUUCCAUAAUGUCUCAUUAGUACUUUUGUUGGCAUUUGUGAGUUAGCACCCACUCUGAGUGUUGCCUAGAGAGACUGCUCACAGGGUACUGUUGACUUUUGAUCGCCAAACAAUCUUAGAGGUGGUGUUACAAGGGACAACUUACAACAACAAUUUCUUUGUUACAUGAAAAAUUGAACUCUGUGUUAAUGCGUCGAUGGGCUUCUCAGGACCCUUACACAAAUGACUUGGAAAACAAAGUGCUUGUUUUGUACAAAAGCUUGCAUGCUGUUUUUUAGGCUACCUUGUACCCGUGUCUCUAGUCCAACAGAUGUAGCGCCCUCAGGAUAACGUGCAUUUCACAGAUUCCUUGAACCCUGAGUCAAAUUAAAGCUUAUAGAUCUGGCUAUUCAAUAAUUUUAUUAGGUUUUCUGGAAAAUUUAUUGUUAAAUUUUCCAUAAAUUUUAAACGAAUUUUUUUCUCAGCAUCAGGAACUGAUUGAUUGCAAUUAAGUCAAAGAACAUUUUGAAAAUUGCUAUAAAAAGUUACAGAAUGACCGCACAUAAAUGACUCUAAUCAACAUAAUUUUUAGAAUUGUAAAUUUCUCAACUGACCAGAUUUGAGUGAAAUUGGACAAAUCACCUUUGAGUUGUAACUCUUCAAAGCGUCUCCAUCCUGGGCAGAGAAAGUUAAGCUUUGAGGAAAAAGCUCUUGAAAAAAAAUAUAUCAAAACAGCUGUGUCCAUUUUCUUGGUGAAUAUUUGCUCUUAAAUUUCUUUCAAAGAAAAAUAAACACUGUAACGUGACGUUUCGGCAUCAUCUUGUUGCCAUUAUCAAAUGUAGAUUAAAAAAGGUUCAGCUCAAAUAUAUACUAGCUUAGGUGUUCAGGAGUCAAGAAAAAUGUGAGGAACAAUGUCUGCUAAUUAAACACUUUUGCUUGACUGGA